AAAAUACCAACUUUUAAAUCUUGUUUGGGUAUUUUUCAAAAAAAGAAACAAAAUUCAAUUGCCCAGCCCAUGUUCUCCUCCCCACUUCUUCUAACCAAAAAUUCACCAAAUUCUCGUUCGUCUCCAAUGGAUGCAAAACCUCCAGAGAAAAUGACAAAUCCCAAACCAAGAGACUUCCUAAACCACCUCGAAACAUACCUCGCCAAAAGAGAUGGCGUAGACAAGCUCUUAAAAAUCUCCCGUUACACAACCAAGCUCCUCCUCGCAUCAUCCCUCAUCCCACAAACCAACCGUCUCAAAUCCUUCGAAUCAAACCUCGGAGUCAGCCGCAAAGCCUUCCGCCUCGGCAAAUUCGUACAAGACAUCAACUCCCUCAGAGCCUCUCGAUACCACAACUCGAACCGCGACCUCGUGAUUCCAAUACUCGCCUACGGAGGCGAAGGAGUGUACUACUUCGUCGAGCAGUUCGUCUGGCUAUCGAAAUCGGGGCUCAUCGACGGCGCGAAGUGGUUGCAGAGGGUCAGCGCGUGGGCGGAGCUUGUCGGAUACGUUGGGAGCGUUUCGUUGAAAGUUAGGGAUUUGAGGGAGAUUAAGGGAGAGGAAGCUUGUCUCGCUUCGACGAUCGAGAUCUGUGCAACGAGAGGGAUCGCUUGUGAUGGUGAAGAGGAGAAGAUGAGGAAGCUCAAGGAGAAGAAAACGUUAAAGGUGUUAUCUAUUCUUCAAGAUCUUGCUGACGGAUUGAUGGCGGUUACAGAUGUUAGGGAUGGUAAGGGAGUGUUAUCAUCUCCGAGUUUGAUUGCAUCGGCAGGUUUGUUUUCAGCUAUUAUCAGUACUCAUAAGAACUGGGUCUCUUGUCAGUACUCAUAAGAACCGAUGAACUUUCGGUUUCGGUUUCCGUAAAAUCCUUAAUCCAUAAUUAUAUAUGCA